GCUGGAGACUGGUCGUGAACAGAUCUUGCCCAUUGACUAUUACUUUCCACCUCAGAAAGCUUGCCUGAUCUGUGGAGAUGAAGCGUCUGGGUGCCACUACGGAGCUCUCACAUGUGGUAGCUGCAAAGUCUUCUUCAAACGCGCAGCUGAAGGUAAACAGAAAUACCUCUGCGCCAGCCGGAACGACUGCACCAUCGACAAGUUCAGAAGGAAAAACUGCCCGUCCUGCCGCCUGCGGAAGUGCUACGAGGCUGGGAUGACUUUGGGAGCCCGCAAGCUGAAGAAGCUGGGUAACCUGAAGACACAAGAUGACGUGGAGGCAGCCAGCUCAUCCAGCCCCACUGAAGAGCAAGCUCCCAAGAUGGUAAUGACGCGCAUUGAUGGGUAUGAGUGCCAGCCCAUCUUCCUCAACGUCCUGGAGGCCAUCGAGCCUGGCGUGGUGUGUGCCGGCCACGACAACAGCCAGCCGGACUCCUUCUCCAACCUGCUGACCAGCCUGAAUGAGCUCGGGGAGAGGCAGCUGAUCUACGUGGUCAAAUGGGCAAAGGCCUUGCCAGGAUUUCGCAACCUGCAUGUGGAUGACCAGAUGUCAAUAAUCCAGUACUCCUGGAUGGGCCUUAUGGUUUUUGCUAUGGGCUGGAGAUCUUUCACCAAUGUCAACUCCAGGAUGCUCUAUUUCGCUCCAGAUUUGGUCUUCAAUGAGUACCGGAUGCACAAAUCCAGGAUGUACAGCCAAUGUGUCAGGAUGCGGCACCUCUCUCAGGAGUUUGGGUGGCUUCAGAUCACACCCCAGGAGUUUCUCUGUAUGAAGGCUCUACUGUUCUUCAGUAUUAUUCCAGUGGACGGCCUGAAGAACCAGAAGCUCUUUGAUGAACUUCGAAUGAAUUACAUCAAGGAACUUGACCGUAUCAUCGCUUGCAAGAGGAAGAACCCUACCUCCUGCUCUAGGCGAUUUUACCAGCUCACCAAGGUCCUGGACUCCGUGCAUCCUAUUGCCAAGGAUCUGCAUCAGUUUACAUUUGACCUUUUGAUUAAGGCACACAUGGUGAGCGUGGACUACCCCGAAAUGAUGGCCGAGAUCAUCUCUGUGCAGGUUCCCAAGAUCCUGUCUGGAAAAGUCAAGCCCAUCUACUUCCACGCACAGUGACCUUCCCGAGGGACCUCCUGGCUCUGCUGCCCCCGUUUCAGCCAUCUCCUGCCUGUUAUUUCUGCACUACUGCACUGCAGUGCCUUGGGGAAUCCCUUCUACGGAGGUGGUGUGCCAAGACAAGGGACAGUGACAAGCAAUGACCUGCUGGGAUUCCUGAGAUUUCUAUUUUUCUUGAGGUUCCUCUGAACCAAACUGCCUGUCGUGGCUUUGUGGUGCAGGGACAGGGGACUGUGGCGCGGUGGCAGUGGCGCUGUGUCUGCACUCUCUCGUUUCUUGUUUUUCACAGUGACUUUUAGUGGCCCAGGACCACAGGAGAUCGGGGAGAAAUGCCAGCAGUUGCUGGGUUUGGCUUUUAUUUUUUUAAAACAGAACA